AUGGUUUCCUCUGUUCAAGACGAGAAGCAGAGCCAGGCGUUCCCCACAAUAUACCCAGCAUGCUCAGAACAGACACACACACUCACACACACCUGUCAGUGGACACACCUGCUCUGCACUCCAGAAGCUGCACUCUCUGCCCUGCGUCCUCAGAUCCUCCAGGCUGCCAUCCAGAUGUCGCUGUGCAUGACCUCACAUUUCUGCCUGCUGGUCCUACCAGUGAUGUCACUGCUGCUGCUCUUCUCUCCUAUUGGAUGGAGCUACGAUGGCCUCACCCCAGGGUGUCACCUACACCCCUUCAAUGUUACCAUCCGCAGUGACCGUCGCGGCACAUGUAAAGGCACCCACCUGGUCUACGCCUGCGUGGGCUACUGCGAGUCCAGCGCCUUCCCAUCCAGAUACUCUGUGUUGGUGGCCUCCAACUUCACCCACAACAUCACCUCCGCUUCACGAUGCUGCACCAUCAGCAAGGACGCUAAGGUCAAAGUUCGCCUGGACUGCCCUCGAGGUCGUCACCAUGACGAAAUAGAGAUCCUGACGGCGAAGGCGUGCCGCUGCGACAUGUGCCGCAAGUCCCGCUACUGACACACCAGGACAGUAUGCUGCAUAGCCUACCAACUGUACACCAGGAUAAAUACCCGUUAGUCAGUUAAGCAGUGCAAACUCUGGUAAAUGAUUGAAAUACAAGCGUUUCAGUAAUGCAACAGUAACUAUCCUUUUUCUAUCUAUGGCCACUUGUUUUGAAUGUUGAAGAAAAUCCACUUUAACUUACUUAGCUGAAAAAAAAAUCAACCAAGUUCCUGCCAAGAUUAAAAUGGGAAAUUCACACUUUUUAAUGUCUUUAAAGAUUUGUGUGAGUGUAUCUGCGUGUUUUUUGUGUGUGCUUGUGUAAUGCGGGAUGUGGGAUGUGGGAUGUGGGAUGUAAGGGAGGUUUUUCUUGAAAACUUGACUGAUGCACAUUUGUGUUUAAAGGCUAUAUGAACCAUUCUGUCACUCACAUUUCAAACAAACCUUUUUUUUCAAAUAGCUUUGAGGCUUGGCAGACACUUCACUUUGGAAGCAACUGAAAUAAAAAAAGAAUCAACCCACCAUUCAUACUUAGUGACUCAGUAGCAAGUGUAAGUACACAGAGACAGUCAAGUCAUCUCACUGACUUGUAAAUAUACUGUCAACCUUUGGAAUCAACAUAAAGGCCAUACAUACACGUAGUUUCAUUCUUUGCAAUAACCACUAAACACAGACAAGAGACCAAAGAAUGUACAAAUCUAUUUAUAUUUAUGAAUUUGAAUUAAAGGACAUUUUGUAAAUAAUAUCUAUUGAUGAAACCAAAGAGUGUUGGAAAUGUCAAUGAAAUAAAAUGAGAAAGUAAGAGAAAUGCACUGUAUAGUUUGUGAUGAAAUUGUAUUCCAAUAAAUUUCUAUUCUGUUCUGCAACGUUAAGUAA